AUGGCUUCAGAAACAACUCAACAACUUCAUCCUCCUCUUCACUUUGUUUUAUUCCCUUUCAUGGCUCAAGGUCACAUGAUCCCCAUGGUCGAUAUUGCAAGGUUAUUGGCUCGGCAUGGCGGGAUUAUAACCAUUAUCACGACGCCUCACAAUGCUGCCCGGUUCAAGAACGUUCUUGACCGGGCCAUCCAGUCAGGCUUGCCCAUCAAUCUUGUGGAGGUGAAGUUUCCAUCUCAAGAACCAG